AUGGCGGAAGCCGUCGUGGGAGUGCUGAUCGGCAAGCUAGGUGCAGCCUUGGCGAAAGAAGCAGCAACCUAUGGAGCAUCCCUGCUUUGCAAGGAAGCUUCAGCCCUCAAGGGUCUUUUUGGCGAGAUCCGCAAAGCUGAGAAGGAAUUUGAGAGCAUGAAGGCCUACUUGCGUCAGGCAGAGAAGUUCAAGGAUACCGACGAGACCACUGGCAUCUUCACCAAGAAUAUCAGGGAACUAUCUUUCCAGAUCGAGGAUGUUGUCGAUGAGUUCAUGUACAAGCUUGAGGACGACAAGCAUGGAGGAUUUGCAGCCAAGAUGAAGAAGAGGAUCAAGCAUGUCAAGGUUUGGCACCGUCUAGCUCACAAGCUCCGUGAUAUCAAUGUCGAGCUUGAAGAAGCUGCAAAAAGGAGGGCACGUUAUGUCCUCCCAGGAAUGCAGGGACAUGCUGGGAGGGGCGAUCAUCAUGCCAGAGCUACGAAUCAAAAUUUGUGUUUUGCAAGGGAAGAUGAUGUGGUUGGUAUUGAAGAUAAUGCAACCAAGCUCAAACAGUGGCUAGUAGGUGAUCUGAAGGAAAAGAACUACAAAAUAGCCACAGUGUGGGGAAUGGGCGGUGUAGGUAAAACUACUUUGGUUGACCAUGUCUACAAGAUUGUGAAACCGGAUUUUGAUGUUGCAGCCUGGGUAACUGUGUCACAGAGUUACCAAGUUGAAGACUUGCUAAAGAGGAUUGCAAGAGAGUUUGGCAUCAUAACUGAUGCUAUUAACAUGGAAAUUAGAAGCUUAGUUGAGAUCAUCCGGAAACAUCUUGAAGGUAAAAGGUAUAUCUUGGUUCUUGAUGAUGUCUGGGAAAAGGAUGUAUGGAUUAAUAUAAUGGAAGUCUUUCCAACUAAAUGUAGCAGACGAUUUGUUAUGACAUCAAGAAAGCUUGAAGUUGCAUCAUUGGCAACUAGUAAUUGCACAAUUGAGAUGGAACCUCUAGGAUAUAAGCACUCUUUCGAGUUAUUCUGCAGAUUAACUUUCAGUAAUAGUGAUGAUAGAAGGUGCCCAUUAGAGUUAUUGGAUUUGGCUGUAAAGUUCUUACAAAAGUGUGAAGGCUUGCCUAUUGCCAUUGCAUGCAUAAGACGUCUAUUGUCUUUCAAACAACCGACAUACUCUGAAUGGGAUAGUGUGUACAAGGAGCUAGAAUUGCAGUCUAGUAAUAAUGUGAUGCAAGGAGUCGAUAGUAUUCUAAAAGUCAGCUUGGAGGACCUUCCAUAUGAACUAAAGAAUUGCUUCUUACAUUGUGCAAUGUUUCCAGAGGAUUAUGAACUGAAGAGGCGAAGGUCAAUUAGGCACUGGAUUACUUCUGGAUUCAUCAAGGUAAAGGAGAACAAGACACUAGAACAAGUGGCAGAGGGUUACUUGAAUGAUCUUGUAAACCGAAGCCUACUACAAGUUGUGAGAAAAAAUGCAUCUGGAUGUGUGAAAUGUUGCCGAAUGCAUGACGUUAUCCGCCAUCUUGCCCUUGACAAAGCGGCAAAAGAAUGUUUUGGUAAAGUUUAUGAGGGCCAUGGGACAUUUUCGGUAGAUGGAACACGUAGACUAUCAAUAAAGAGUACCAAUAUUGUACCACUGAAUCCAUCUGGUGCGACACAUCUUCGUGCAAUCUAUGUUUUUACUAGUUCGGCUGUUGAUUUGCUGAGGACUAUCCUUGCAUCCACAACAUUGUUGUCAACAUUGGAUCUACAAGGUACUGAAAUCAAGAGUCUGCCUAAUGAGGUGUUCAGCUUGUUUAAUCUGCGUUUCUUGGGGCUCCGGAAAACUGGAAUUGAGACUCUACCAGAGGCUGUUGGAAGAUUGCAAAAUUUAGAAGUACUGGAUGCAUUUGGCACUGGUAUGCUAUCUUUACCAAAGGAUGUAGCAAAACUGAAGAAGCUUAGGUACCUAUAUGCAGCUGUAUGUGUCGUUGAAGGACGUCUCAUGCGUAAUUAUGGAGUAAAGGUGCCUAGGGGCAUAAUAAAUAACUUGACAGGACUGCAUGCUCUGCAAAUUGUUAAAGCCUGCUCAGAGACCCUACGUGAUGUUGCAGCUUUGACGGAGUUACGCACAUUUUCUGUUGACGAAUUGACAAGUGAACACUCGUCAAGCUUGAGUAGUGCCCUCCUGAACAUGAGCAAUCUUGUCCAUUUGUCAAUUACAACAUUAAAUGAAAAUGAAGUAUUGACAGUGGAAGAACUCCGUUUACCAGAAACUCUAUGUAAACUUCAUCUCAAAGGGCAGCUGGAAAAGAAACAGAUGCCUCGGAUUCUGUCAUCCUGGAUGAACCUUAAAAACCUCACUCUAUUAUCUCUGUCAGUCUCCAAACUUGAUGAGAACUCUUUUCCUAGCCUCAUGGUGCUGCGUAAUUUAUGCCUUCUUAGGCUUUUAAAUGCUUAUGAUGGAAAGACAUUAUGUUUCUCUGCACAGUCAUUUCCUAGACUGAGAGAACUAUAUAUAUUGGGUGCUCGGGAGCUCAGCCAAGUAGAAAUAGAAGAAGAUGCACUGGGAAGUCUUGUUAAGCUACAAUUUUUAGGGUGCCCAGAAAUGAAGCGCCUCCCUCGUGGCAUUAAGGACCUUUCAACGCUCGAUGAAUUAUGUUUUGUUGAUGCUGCUGCUGAGCUUAUAAAGAUCCUUCGGCAGGAAGGUGAAGCAAAUGAAUGCAAGGAAGAGCUAAUGAAGAUUAGCCACAUUAGAAGGGUACGUUUUAGUGUAACUGGGGAAAACUUUUGGCGAAGAAUUGUAACCAGAUAA